UUACUCCGAGUGAUUGUAGCACCCAAACAUAAGCAUUUUCUUACCAAGACCACUCAUUCUUGUCUAAUAGAGCUUCAAUUAUUGGUCCAAUCGGAUAAUAACGGAACGGAACUAUUUUCAAGCUGGCUUUCAGACGGGUGUUUUACCCCGCCAUUCCUCAAAUCGUGGCUCCUCAAGCUAGACUGUCUGCUAUUGCACGACAGAUAAAUCCCAAUUUACUUGACAGCUCUACCAAUUCGGUAUCUACAACACCAUCGAGAAGCUUCAGUAAUUCUACGCAAGUUCAAGAAAAUAAUAUCAAAAUGUCGACUCAACAAGCUCACCCUACUUUGCUCAUUCCGGGCCCAAUCGAGUUUGAUGAUGCUGUCUUGCAGUCUAUGAGCCAUUAUAGUGAAAGUCACGUCAGCGCUCCAUUUGUAGCAGUCUUCGGCGAAACUCUCUCUAUGCUGCGCAAGCUCUUCCAAUCUACCGAUCCCUCUUCCCAACCCCUCGUCAUUUCUGGUUCCGGUACUCUUGGAUGGGAUCUCGUGGCUGCAAAUUUGGCAGAACCAGGUGAUGAGGUCUUGGUUCUCCAUACUGGCUAUUUUGCAGAUUCGUUCGCGGAUUGUUUUGAAACUUAUGGAGUCAAACCCACACAAUUGAAGGCGAAGAUUGGGGAAAGACCUCAAUUGGAUGAGAUUGAAAAGGCAUUGAAGGAGAAGAAAUAUAAGUUGAUCACGGUCACUCAUGUGGAUACUUCGACGGGAGUUUUGAGUGAGUUGAAGAAAUUGAGUGAGCUUGUUCAUCGAGUUUCUCCUGAGACGUUGGUUGUGGUAGAUGGUGUUUGUAGUGUGGGAUGUGAGGAGAUUGAAUUUGAUAGUUGGGGUUUGGAUGCUGUCAUUACGGCGAGUCAGAAGGCGAUUGGUUGUCCAGCUGGUCUUUCAAUUUCAUACUAUAGUGGUAGAGCGAUUGAGACAUUCAAGGCUAGAAAGACUCCUCCAGGAUCAUAUUUUGCUUCGUUCAAGAAUUGGUUGCCAAUAAUGCAAAACUACGAAGCGAAAAAGCCAUCCUACUUCGCCACUCCAUCUCCUCAACUAGUCCACGCUUUACACACUUCUCUCACUCAAAUUCUCUCUAUUCCUCUCUCUGAACGUUUCGCUAAACACAAAGCUACAUCACAAAAAAUCAAAAAGGCAGUCGCGGAUCUAGGGCUCAAACAAUUGGCACCUAAUCCUGCCGAUCAGGCAAAUGGUAUGACAGCUAUUUAUCUCCCAGAAGGUGUUAAAGCUCCGGAGCUAUUGCCAAAUUUGGUGAAGAAGGGAGUCAUUUUUGCAGGAGGCUUACAUAAAGAGAUUGCGACAAAGUACAUUAGGGUGGGACAUAUGGGAGUUAGUGUUAUGAAUGAGGGCAGAGGGGAUGUAGAGAAGGCCAUCGAGGCACUUGGUACUGGAUUGAAGGAGGCAGGGUAUGAAAAGGCUUAGUUGCGUUAAUUGAAAACAUGCAAAGGGUGAGAGCAGUGCUGAACGGAAUGAGACGAAGUGAUGUGUAAUUUCUAUUUACUUAUGGGCAAAGAUCAGCAUUGUUCGAAAAUCAUCGUGGAUAUAUUUGGAAUCGUUUAGGGGAACUCAAAAUCUCUCUUAGGUGGGGAUGGGAAUAUGCAGAUAGGUUGGAGAGAUCAAAAAUCAUUGUCUAGGUGGUUAUGUAAAAUGAAUGGAUGAACAUGGAUGAAUGCAUAUAAAUACUAGGUACAUAAAUGAAUGAAUAAACGAAGGAACUUCAUACACACGUACCUUUGAACUUUUGCAUGUGUUGAUGAGGUGAGAGAUGGAUGUUUUAGGUAGGUAUUGAUUAGAUAAAUAGAUAGAUAGGUCAGUAUUACCUGUUCAGAAAUAGAAGAUGUGGGAUGGAAGGGUAGUGUUGACUUUUUUGUGGGGAAGAGGGGGGGGGGAUUGGGAGUUAUUGUGUAUGUGUAGGUAUGUAGGUAUGUAGGUAUUAUAAACGCAAUUUGAGUAUUGAUUUUAUCUCUUUCUUUCUCUUUCUUCCUCUCUCUUCUUUAUGUGUUUCUUUGUUUCUUUGGAGGGAGGAUGUUGUGAGGAGGGUGUUGUGAUAUUGGGUUGGGUUGUGUUAAGUUGUGAGUGUUUGUUUGUUGGAAAUGGAAAUGGAAAUGGAAAUGGAAAUGGAAAUGGAAAUGGAAA